GAUGUAAAAUUGAACAUGAAUUAAGUAAUAGAAAAAGACUGUUGAAGAUAUGAGGCAAAUAUAUAGCAUUUUGGUUUUGGCCCUCCCAAUUUGAGAGUGUCAACUUUCUUCCAUGACCUGCUGAAACUGAAAGAGCCACUGAAUGGAUAAGACAGAAAUUGCUUGUAUAAACUCAGCACUACCACUCAAAAAACAGCUAUGGCUGUCCAGAUAACCCCAGUCUCUCACCCAAAAGCUCACACUCACACUCACUCCCCAAUCUCUCUCAUCCCUAAAUGCACCUCUCUCACAGAACUCCAGCAAAUCCACGCCUUGUCCAUCAAAACCCAUCUCCAAUAUGACGACUUCUCUGUCCUCGCCAAGCUCAUCAACUCCUGCACACUCAACCCAACUAGACACUCCAUGGACUAUGCCCACCACCUGUUCCACCAAAUUCCCCACCCGGACAUUGUCGUCUUCAACACCAUGGCACGUGGUUACUCACGCUCCGAUACCCCAUUUCGCGCCAUUUCACUCUUUUCCCAGGUUCUAUCCUCAGGUCUCUUCCCAGAUGACUACACAUUCCCGGCACUUCUCAAGGCUUGCGCCGGCUCUAAAGCCUUAGAAGAAGGGAAGCAGUUGCAUUGCUAUGUUAUCAAAUAUGGAAUGCAACUUAGCAUAUUCGUGUGUCCUGCUCUUAUAAAUAUGUACACUGAGUGCAGUGAUGUGGAUGCAGCUCGCCGGCUAUUUGAUAAGAUACCGGACCCUUGUGUUGUUGUGCAUAAUGCUAUGAUCACAGGGUAUGCUAGAAACAGUCGGCCUAAUGAGGCAUUGGCAUUGUUUCGAGAGUUGCAAGCAAGUGGUCUUAAGCCAACCGAUGUUACUAUGCUUAGUGCUCUUUCGUCGUGUGCUUUGUUAGGUGCUUUGGACUUGGGGAAGUGGAUACAUGAGUAUGUUAAGAAGAAUAGGUUUGAUAGAUAUGUUAAAGUGAACACUGCAUUAAUAGAUAUGUAUUCAAAGUGUGGGAGCCUGGAGGAUGCAGUGUCUGUGUUUGAGAACAUGAGUGUGAAAGAUACACAGGCUUGGUCUGCAAUGAUUGUGGCGUAUGCAACGCAUGGGAAUGUUUCCAAAGCUAUAUCGAUGUUUGAAGAGAUGAAGAAGGCACGAAUUCGACCUGAUGAGAUCACAUUUCUGGGACUCUUAUAUGCGUGUAGUCAUGCUGGAUUGGUUGAGGAGGGUUGCAAGUAUUUCUACAGCAUGAGUGAGAACUAUGGGAUUAUACCCAGGAUUAAGCAUUAUGGGUGUGUGGUGGAUUUGCUAGGUCGGGCUGGACGUUUAGGGGAGGCUUACAAGUUCAUAGUUGAGCUACCAAUUAAGCCUACGCCUAUAAUCUGGCGAACAUUGUUAUCUGCUUGUUGCAGUCAUGGUGAUGUAGACAUGGGGAUGCGGGUGCUUGAGCAAAUUUUUGAGUUAGAUGACUCUCACGGUGGGGAUUAUGUGAUCAUAUCUAACUUGUGUGCAAGAGCAGGAAGAUGGGAGGAUGUUGAUUACUUGAGGAAACUGAUGAAAGACAGAGGCAUUGUAAAGAUUCCCGGGUGUAGCGCCAUAGAGAUGAACAAUGUAGUGCAUGAAUUCUUCUCUGGGGAUGGCGAGCGUUCUGUUUCCAAAGUACUGCAUCAGGCAGUUGAUGAGUUGAUUGAAGAAUUAAAGCUGGCCGGAUAUGUUCCAGAUACUUCUUUAGUAUUUCAUUCUGACAUGGAUGAUAGAGAUAGAGAGCUUUCUCUUAGAUAUCAUAGUGAGAAAUUAGCCAUUACUUAUGGGCUCUUAAACACAGCUGCUGGGACAACAAUUCGAGUGGUGAAGAACCUUAGGGUAUGUGGGGAUUGCCACUCUGCUGCUAAAUACAUAUCAUUGAUCUUUAAUAGACAAAUAGUUCUUAGAGAUGUUCAACGGUUCCAUCAUUUCAAAGAUGGCAAGUGUUCUUGUGGGGACUAUUGGUAGUUGAACAGGACAUCAUUUUUAUCGUAACAGAGAAACUAUAUUGGGCUUUCCGGCUUCUCUGGUGACUAGAAUCUUCAUCGUCUUAGUGGAAGGUGAUUCAAUGAGGAAAAUGAAAGCAGUUGGUUAGCAUGGUUAGUAGUCUUGGCCAAAUCCUUUUGGUCCAUCGUCAUGGACGUAUUACUGUCAUUCAGUAGACAUCAAUGAUUAACUUCCAACUCCAAGGCUGAGUGGCCAGGAUCCUACGGUGGCCCUCAGCACAAUAUUUGCUAUCCGACUACAGGAAAACCUGCACAAAGUUUCAUUAUCGGUGGCUUUCGGCCCAAUUUUAACGAUGGUUCAAUCCCAACAACCUACUGCGAUCCCAACAACCCCCUUCAAUGAAACAAAGGUGUCAGGGAUAAUCGACGAUUUGCAAAAAUAUUGGCCAUUGGCUGGCCUGCCCGAGCAGCAACGGUACGCAGCUUUGGGCCGAAGAAUGGGAAAAGCAUGGCACUUGCUCGCAGUCUGUCAUUGAUCAGUAUAAUUACUUCUUUCAUGCUACCGGCCUCAGAGAUAUCUUGAAAGACAUCCACGGAUACCUU